AUGUUCACCUGUGGGAGCCUGUCCACGGCGGGCAUGGCCGCCUCCGCAGACCUGCUGUCCGUGGCGAAGAAGGCGGCAAAUUUCAGGAACCGUCUGGCUAGCAAGCAGGCCGAGGGCCAGAGGCGAGAGCUGCUGGACAAGGAGCGCUCGCACGAGGACCAGCUGCGGGAGGUGUGUCGCCGUUGCAGGCGUGUUGGGCAGCAGGUGGCCAUGGAGUUCGGCGACGAGCUGUGGACGGUGGGGGGAGAGGACCCGUGCACCGUGCAUUUCAAUCGCAACCCGCGCGAGUUCGUCCUGCCGGCGGUGAAGACCCUCACAGGCUUGGUCGUGUCAGAGGCUGACACCGGCUCCGACAUCGAGCGGGCCGUGGACCUGAAGACCUCGCUGAGGGCUGUGGAGAACUGCCUCGUGGAAGAAGCCCGGGAGCGGAUAGCAAACCGGGAGAAGGGGAAGUCCUACGAGUCCCUGCAGCGAGCGAACAAGACGGCCAUGGCCUUCGACGGCCUCGUCCGCGAGCUCGCGUCCCUGCUCGGGCAGCCCGCCGACGCAACGCCAGAGGCCCCGCAGCCCGCCGCGGAGGCCCUCGGCCACGAGCCGCCGGAGGUCCCCGGCGCGGGCACGCAGCGCAGCGCCGCCCGCGCGAGUCUCGCCCGCUCGAGCGAGCCGCCGGAGGUCCGCCGCGCGGGCACGCGGCGCAGCGGUGCCCGCUCGAGCGUCGCCCGCUCGAGCCUCGCCCGCUCGAGCCUCGGCGAGUCCUCGCUGUUCGAGGUGUUCGGCGAGGAGGACUCCGAGGCCGAGAGCGGGCUCGAGGGGGAGGCGCGGGCCCUGCUGCCCGGGGUGGGCGCCCAGAAAGCCAGCGGGAGCGCCUCGCCGUCAGCGGCGGCGUCCACCUGGGGCUCCGGGCGCGUCGAGGCGGAGGAGAACUGUCGCCACUGGUCCACGCCCUGGCGAGCCCGCUGCUGCAGAAGGCCCUGUUCGACACCAGGGCGAAGGCCAAAGCGGGGGCAAGGGAUCUGGAGCUGA